GCCUUUCCAGUUUGCAUUCAACCGCACAAUGAGUACUACCUUUACGUCAGUUGAUAGCAAUUUGUUGUUGAAUUUGGAUUUUGGAUAAACCUUAUAAAAAGUUUGUAACAAGGCAAUGCAGUUGGAUGAGUUCAAUGUCUACAGUUUUUCUAGGAAAAAAUAAAAGUCGAAUAUAACUUCGAAAUAAUUUAGGCAACUAUGAGUGGAAGCAGUCUUCUAACACAAGAAGAUGACAGCAGUGCUGUUAUUAAUGAGUUCCAGCGUCUGCAUAGUCCUAAAGUUGAUUAUUCCAGUAUUUGUGGGAAGAAAGUCUUGGUAAGUCCAACAGAAGUACAGUUCGAACUGCUAAAAAAGAGGCUAGAAGAGCGCACAGAAGACUGUCGUGGUGAAACAAUAUAUGAAAUCGGUAUAGGGGAAGAUGGCAGCGACAAUGGCUUGGAUGAGGACGAGUAUCGCGCUUCGGUCGCUACAUUGCAAUCGUUAGCCACAACAAUCGAUUCUGAUGUAGUGUUACUGAGGCAGAGAAAAGUUGAAAAGGGAUUAGCAGGCCAGUAUUUGAUAAGAAAACGUGUCGAUACUUCAGAUUUCAUGGAAAUUCGUGUUGCUGUGGUUGGAAAUGUGGAUGCAGGAAAAUCUACUUUGCUCGGAGUUCUAACGCAUGGUGAAUUAGAUAAUGGGCGUGGGCAUGCUCGCCAGCGAUUAUUUCGGCACAAACACGAAAUGGAAACUGGACGCACUAGUUCUGUGGGGAAUGAUAUAUUAGGAUUCGAUAGUGUUGGGAAUGUAGUUAACAAGCCCGAUCAUGGCACUCUUGACUGGGUUAAGAUUUGUGAAAAAUCCGCCAAAGUUAUUACUUUUAUUGAUUUGGCGGGGCAUGAACGCUAUUUGAAAACGACAGUAUUUGGUAUGACAGGACAUGCCCCGGAUUUUGGAAUGCUAAUGAUCGGCGCCAAUGCUGGUAUUGUUGGUAUGACAAAAGAGCAUUUGGGAUUGGCAUUAGCUUUGUCGGUACCAGUAUUUGUGGUCGUUACAAAAAUUGAUAUGUGCCCUCCUAAUGUUUUACAAGAUAACUUAAAAUUGCUUUUUAAAAUAUUAAAGUCCCAGGGUUGUCGUAAAGUACCAGUAAUGGUAAAAAGUCCAGAUGAUGUUGUGUUAAGUGCCACAAACUUUGUUUCUCAGCGUUUGUGUCCAAUUUUUCAAGUCUCCAAUGUUACUGGAGAAAAUUUGGAGUUACUAAAAAUGUUUUUAAAUUUGUUAACAACCCGAAUGACCGGGCAAGACAACUUGCCCGCAGAGUUUCAAAUUGAUGACACCUAUUCAGUGCCUGGUGUGGGCACAGUGGUUUCUGGAACUUGCCUUCAAGGUCUAAUUAAACUGAAUGAUACCCUUAUGCUUGGACCGGACGCAUUGGGAAAUUUUAUACCGAUUGCUGUAAAAAGCAUUCAUCGUAAACGAAUGAAUGUUAAAGAAGUGCGUGGUGGUCAAACUGCUAGUUUUGCAUUAAAGAAGAUAAAAAGAUCUCAAAUACGUAAAGGAAUGGUAAUGGUUAGUCCAGAAUUAAAGCCUCAAGCAUGUUGGGAGUUCGAAGGGGAAAUUCUAGUUCUUCAUCAUCCUACAACAAUAUCUUCCCGUUAUCAAGCCAUGGUACACUGCGGAAGUAUUCGACAAACAGCAUCCAUCAUCAAUAUGUCUAAGGAUUGUCUACGUACUGGCGACAAAGCUCAUGUAAAGUUUCGUUUCAUUAAACAUCCAGAGUACAUUCGAGUUGGGCAAAGAAUGGUUUUUCGAGAAGGUCGUACUAAAGCAGUGGGGAAUGUUUUGAAACCAAUAACAAAUUCGGUUGCUUUACAACAUCGAUCUAAACCGAAUAAAAUGCAAGGGCGCGGCCAAAGUCAUAGCCAAACCAAUUCAAACGCAGAACCACAAAAUCAAAAUCAAAACCCCAAUGUUCAAGCGGCAAUAUUAAAAAGUGGGAAGCAAUUGCAACCAACGGAUAUAGAAAUAAAUGAGAUAAAACAAAGUUUUGAUGGAGUGCUUGAGGCUUGUGUUGAUAAACGCGAUAACCGUGGUUCAAAGCACCAGAAACGCAAUUCUUCCCACGCUGCAAUACCAGUAAGUGGGUUAAGUAUGGGAAGCUCUUUAAGUGAUUUACAGACCCAAGCCAACAGCUCACACAUUGCUGUCAAAAAAUAAACUUACCACAUCGGCUAUUAUUUGUAUUAAUUUAUUUAUCUCUUCAUUUCAAUAAAGUGGAUUACA